GCCAGGCAGAUGGCAGAACCUCCCAGGCAGAAUGUGGCAGAACUCCCGCACAUGUAGAACAGUGGGAGAAUGUGCUAUAUAGUUUAGUGUGUCGGUUCAGUGUACGAUAGUAUAGAUUGAGGCACUUUAAAACUGAACAUGACGUCGUCACGCUCAUAUGCACACAACUGAACUUCCAGGCAUUGAUACAGACGUUGCCAAGCAGCUCGAAACCGACUUCGCAUUUGUCCCUCCACUUUCAGCAGUCUCCGGCGACAAUCUCGAAGCAUUUUCUCGUCUUGAAGAUAUUCGUAACACGGAAAAAAUGAUGGAGUUUGCCUCAAACUGGGAUGUGGAUAGGAAGGAAGUGUUGGAAGGGAGAGCGUUCGACUUUGUGGAACUGCGGCAUGUCAACGAGGGAUUAGUGCCUACCACGAUAGAGGAUGAGAUUAUGGUCGCAGAUCAUGAUGCGAAUGAAGAUGGGACUUGGAAUAUUGAUUCUAUGUUGCUGUCAAGUGGUCUUACAUCCAUGUAG